AUGGACUUCCUCAAGAACAUGGCCGAAGAAGUCAUCGAAAAGAAAUUCGGUGGCGGCGGCUCCUCUUCCUCCCAACAACAGCAACAAUCCUACCAAAGUGAAUCUUACGGCCGUCAGGAAUCCUACGGUGGUGGCGGUGGUUACGGCGGCGAGUCCUACGGCCGUCAAGAAUCUUACGGUCGUCAGGAAUCCUACGGCGGUGGCUACGGCGGUAACGAGGGCUACGGCCGUCAAGAAGGAUACGGCCGUCAAGAGGGAUACGGCGGCGGCUAUGGCGGCGGAUACGGUGGUGGUGGUGAGGGCUAUGGACGCCAGGAGGGAGGAUACGGUGGUGGCUACGGUGGCGGCUACGAGUCCCGUCAGCAGGGUUACUAUGGUGAACAACAGCAGCAGCAGGAGCGCCCUGACCACAGUAGACGGAAUAUGGCGCUGGGUGUUGGUGCGGGAGUGUUGGUUGGUGGAGCGGCGGUUAUUGGGGGAGAGAUGAUCCAUGAUAAAUGGGAGGAAGACAAGGAGGAGAUCAAGGAAGAUGUGGAGGACUUCCCCGAGGAUGCGGCUAGAUGGACGGGUGAGAAGGUCGGUGAAGUCGAAGAUAUCCCCGAUCGCAUCGAGCGGAAAUGGGACAACGCCGUCGAUGAUGUCGAGGAAGUUCCUGAGGGUAUGGCCGAAUGGGCUGGCGAGAAGGUCGGAUCUGUGGAGCGGUUCGGUGAUAAUAUGGAGGAUGCGUAUGAUGAGGGCAAGUAUGAGGGUCGUGAGGAGGAUAGUUGGUAG